CAAUUUUUAGUUCGAUUUUGUGCGCGGGUGUGUCGGGUAGUCGUGUCACUAACAUAAAGAUUUACAAAUAAAGUUACGGUUUAUACACUUUAAGAAAGGUUGAAGGACCUUCUGAAUUGAUCCGUUAAUGUUUAUUUCGCUUUAUAAAUAAAUAAAUCCCCAGAUUUUAUUUACAGUGAUGGUUAAGCAAAUAUUAUUUUUCGCUUUAAUUGUGCUCUACGUAUCUCAUGUAAACACAGAUAGUCCUCUGAAAUUUUAUCUUGAAAAGAAUGUCCACGAACCAGCAGAAUUAUCGGACGGUGAUGUUGAGAGAAUUGCGCAAUCAUCAGAUAGAUCUCAUUUCAGGCGCGUUCUUGAUGCGAUCCUGGUGCCCAGAGUCGUUGGCACAGCCAACCAUAAAAAAGUUGGCAAUUACAUCAGCAAACAGAUGACAGAUCUGGGCUGGAAAGUUACUGAAGAUGUUUUUACCGACACAACUCCAGUAUUUGGCAAGUUGAAAUUCAGGAAUAUAGUUGCAACACUGAACCCAGACGCCGAUCGGUAUUUGGUGUUGGCUUGCCACUACGACAGCAAAUAUACCAGGGAACACGUGUUUGUUGGCGCGACGGACUCGGCGGUGCCGUGCGCGAUGCUUAUCAACUUGGCUAAAGUGAUGUCCAAGCAACUGGACCGCCUGAAGCAGUCUUCUCCAAGUCUAAUGUUAAUCUUCUUCGAUGGAGAAGAGGCGUUCCGCCAUUGGGGUCCUAAGGACUCGAUUUACGGAGCUCGCCAUCUCGCCAAGACCUGGCACGAGACGCCCUACAAAGAUGGUGCCAGCCAUCUGCAGAGAAUCGACGCGUUGGUUCUCCUCGACCUGUUGGGCACCCCAGACCCGGUGUUCUACAGCUACUUCAAGAGCACCGAGCGCUGGUACACCAGACUGGCGAGCGCCGAGCGCAGGCUCGCUGACCUGGGCCAGCUGACCUCGUACUCCGUGGGCCAGGAGGAGCAGACCUACUUCCGCCUCUCCAGCUCCAGGGCACAGAUCGAGGACGACCACUUGCCGUUCCUCAAUAGGAAUGUGGACGUGAUUCACGUAAUUCCCAACCCGUUCCCGGAGGUGUGGCACCAGGCCGGCGACAACCUGGAGGCACUGGACUUCAACACCAUAGACAACCUCAACAAAAUAUUUCGCGUGUUCGUCGCGGAGUACCUCCACGUUGCUUCCUAACGCAGGUUGAUACUGCAGUGAUAUAUUGGCUCAAUAAUGACGUAAAUGGAACAUAGAGACUGGGAAUUUCUGCAUUGAUAUUGUUGUCAUCAUAGACCAUGUAUAGUAACUAGACAUCGGUUUGGCGUGGCCAACAUGAGACAGAUAAUAUCCUAUACAUAUAGGUACAUAAUAUAACACAAGUGUUCUUUCACUAUCACUUUUACAUCGUAAAACACAACAUCGCACCAUAUUUCCUUCGAUUCUACUUAAAAUUGUCUCUGAUAUCGAAUAAAUAGUGGAUAUUUCACACGUUUUACAACAAUAAUAGCUUAGUUUUAUAGACGCAAAUAAAAGUAAACAAAAUAUCUGUGCAGCGCUGUCAAGUUUGUUUAGCACACCGGGUGUGCUGACCUUGAAAAAACCGGCACGCAUGGCGAAAAUCUAAUCACUCUAUCUCAUUUCUUUAUAUAAGACACGCAUAAGUGUUUCUUUUUCUCGCGUGAGUGAGACGGAAGCUAUCAUUUAGUCUAGUUACUAUACUUGGUCUAUGGUUUUCAUAUAUAAAAUGGAGGUCUACCAAGAUAUUUUGCCCAUACACUUAGCGCGGGUUUUUUUUGUAAUCGAGUAUAUUGAAAAGUGAUUUAAAUUUCUUCUUUUAUCGUGUUUCGGUUUGAGCUAAUGGUCUUGUUACCAUUGCUCUAAAAAAAUAUAACUAAAAAAAUUUGUAUUGUUUUCCUUUUUUAAAAUGUGUUGAUACUCGUUGUAAUACUAUCUACUCUUGAUUUUUUUUUAAGUGCUUAGAAUUAGUUAAGGAUAUUGUGUUCAACAGAGUAUUAAAACUGUUAACUAUUUUAAAGUAAGCGAAUAUUUUUGACUCUCGGAUAUUUAAUGAGCUAGUUACUUCCAUUCUCUAUGUAUACGAAUAUAGCAAAUUGAAGUGUAUAGGUACGAAAUUAAUAUUAAAUAUAUAACUAUUUAUUAUACUCUACGCUUAAUACUGUGUAUUUAUCGAUUGUUCGUAAUGAAAUAUAUUUAGAAAUAAUAUGUGACUGCAUUUAAUUGUACAACUUUUCAUUUUAUUUACAUUUUAACUUGAGACUGCCUUUAUAAGGCGAUUUAUUUAUCGUAAGUUUUAUUUACUUAAAAUUCACAUUAUAAUUUAGAUACGUAAUAUAGUUUAUACAAUAAUUUUAUAGAUAUUUUUUUACAAUUACAAACUCAUAGUUCUAUAAGCAUUACAAGUACUUUCAUUAAAACGAGUGCCUAUGAGCUAAUACUUAAUUCCACGAUCCAAAAUGGUCUUGGCUUUACGAAGAAACGACGCUAGAGUCAGACAAAGUAAUUUAAAUAAACAGUAAAUAAGUAAACUCAAGCCAGGUUUAAAUUAAAUUUAUUAAACUCUGAUUAAUAAUUGUCGAAAUGCUUUUAGUAAAUUUAUAUUAGUUAAUUUGUUCAAGUCUUGAACCGGUUAGCGCGCGAGCGGGUUAGGCGCGGGCGCUGCUCUUCGUGUCCAACAAUGCUUCAGCGACCGUCAUUAUUAUAUAACGUAUCAAGAUAUAUUGUUUAAUUAUUAAAGUCAUGUUAUAACUAAGGCGUUUUCUCUUCUUCCCAUUUACACGCCCAUCCGAUUUGGUCCUUCGAGCCGGAUGCAGUCGAGUUGUGAUUAUUUCAAUAUUUAAUUUUACAUGCGCUGUUGUGUACUUAUUUUUUUUUUAUUAUUUAUCACAUAGCAAUGUUUGAAACGCGACCUUGAUUUUACUUUAAACAAUUUGGCGGUAGUAACAAACCUUUAUUAAUUCAUAAUCUAUGAUAUUAUUAUAUUAUGACAUUUAAUGUUUAGUUGCAAAUAUUCUAAAUGUACUUAGAUAAAAGUCGCAAUUGGCGAUAUUUUAGACAAAAUAUAUAGAUUAUAAUAUUGUCUUAUAGAAAUAUAUAUUGAUGUUGUUAUUAAAUGUUACGAGCAUGUUA